AUGUCUUUUGGAUUAACUACAACUAUACACAUUGUAGCCUUUCAUCUUAUUGUUCGAGUCUUAAGCGUGGCUUUGAACUUGAAUCCUUCCACUUCGUGGUGUUCCGAUUAUGAAAUGUUGAUUGUGAAUACGCGACAUUGUGUAUCUCGUUGUCCUUUAAAGUGUAUUAACGAUAUUUGCUUCGAAGACGGCGUCUGUCCUUGCGAAAACUUCUACAUGACUUCGGGUGAAAAAGGUUUAAUAUGCAGUCGGGAAUGUUUACCAGGCUGCAAAGAAGCUGGAGGCUAUUGCGCCGGUCCACAAUUAUGCUUAUGUCCGGGAAAAAGUACAUUUUUUGAUAAAUUGAGGCAAAAAUGCAGAAAAUUAUCCUCGGUUAAGGAUAAAUGUUUGGGUCGUUGUCUUUAUGGUAAUUGUGAUAAAGACGGAGCGUGCACUUGUUUUCAGGGCUAUAAGUAUCAGCAAAAGCCAUUCGGCCAGUUAUGCAUGCCAGAGUGUAAACAAGAUUGUGGUCGCUUGGGUUAUUGCUUCCUUCCAAAUAUGUGUGCUUGUCGCAAGAGUUCCUAUCAUUACGGCCCUGAUGGUGUUUGCCAUCGGGACGAAGAUUAAAUUUAUUAUAGUAUUUGAAGAGAUAGUGCGUGCAAGCGCAACGAAAAUCUCUUAUCAAAAUACAAAUGAAUGAAUUUUAUAAAAGUGAAACGACCGUCUUUUUGCCAUAACAACAAAAAAAAAAAAACCGCUGAUAAAGAAUUUAUGAAGACGUUCCUACUCCAUAAAUAAGAGCACUAUACCGCGUUUAGUAAUCUCUUUAAAGCAGAGGUUUCGAAUCGGGGGAGACGGAAUCUGUUGACGCGAAAGAAACU